GAGCACAAUGAUCCUAUCUGGUUUCAGAAAAAACCUAGCUGUGAACCUUGGCUCAUGUCUCUUACUUGGAAAUUCGUGCCCUGGUCUCAGAGUUACUAAUGACUUGUAAUGACUUACUAAUGUCACUGCAUGAAACUGUUGGGCUCUCUUAAAACACAAGCAUUACAUGCUAAUUACAAGGUAUGAGCUGUAGUUUGAUGCAGACUUCCACUGGUGCAUUUUUGCACAUUUACAAAUUUGGCAAGAAAGAAACAUAAGGAUAGAUGGAUGUGUGAAAAGAUCAUUUGCAGGCUGGUCAUGUUUUUGGGUCUACACGGCUCCAACAGCAGCUCUCCAACAACGCCUCAUACAUACACAAGUUGGAAAGAGAGAGAGGGAAAAAAGAAGGGAGCAAGGAACAGGGGAUCCCAAUCCGUCACACGGAUGACAUCACAGCCUGCCAGUACUGAAAACUCGCUCAACAAGGGAGUCCCCACUUCCCCUCCCUGCUGCACUGGAACACACAGAGAGAGCAAGUGAGAGAGAGAGAGAGCAGUGCUCAAGCAAAUGACUCUCAUUAGUCCAGACAGCAAAAGCGAGUCACAUUUCAAAAAAUUCACAUGCGCACCAGCCUGCACGCGCACACACACAUGAAUGCACUUUAGCUGCAUCUCCAUAGUGACCACUUCUGCUCCCCCAGCCUGGGGAGGAAAUGCCAAACUUGGCGCUUCAGAGCCCCCUUCAUGCUGUUCUUUUCUAAUGCUCCGACAGGAGAAACAACAACUUUCCCUCCUCUUAUCACUCCACUGUCUCCCAUCUGUCCAUUCUGCUCUCUUCCUGUUCCCCCGAUUUCCCUCUCCCUUCCACAUCUCUUUAUCUCUCUCUCCCCCUCCCUGGCCUGUCAGUGAUAAGUUCAUUGAAGUAGACAACAGAGACAUGAAAGAGAAGAACCCCUGGCACAGGCCUGUGACCAUCAUCAUCACUGUGAUUGGCGUCAUAGCGAUUGUUGCCUUGGUGACGGUGGCAGUUUUGCAGAACAAGCCCCUCUCCCAAAAGUACAAGUAUGGGAUUGUGUUGGAUGCUGGUUCCUCACACACAGCUCUGUACAUCUAUCAGUGGCCGGCGGAGAAGGACAACGACACAGGCAGAGUGGAACAGAUGCAUUCAUGCAAAGUCAAAGGUCCAGGUAUUUCUAGCUACGCCUCCAACCCGUCAAUGGCAGGAGAGUCUCUGAAGGAGUGCAUGCGGGAGGCCCAAAGACAUGUUCCUGCGAGUCACCACAGCGAGACCUCACUUUAUCUGGGGGCUACUGCAGGAAUGAGAUUGCUCGAUUUGGAGAACAAAUCUGCGUCAAAUAAGGUCUUUCUAGCCGUGGCGGACGCUUUGCAAAAGUUUCCCUUCACCUUUCGGGGUGCGAGGCUCCUCAGUGGCCAGGAAGAGGGAGCUUUUGGCUGGGUCACAGUCAAUUACUUAGACGACCGCCUCAAACAGGGCUUGCAAACAAAAGGCGCUCUUGACCUUGGAGGGGCCUCUACUCAAAUCACCUUUGUAUCCGAUCAUUUUGAUGGCUCAGAGUCUCUUUCCAAUUCCAAGGAAUUCCGACUCUAUGGCAAUGACUACCAACUCUACACCCACAGCUUCCUCUGCUAUGGGAAAGACCAAGCGCUGCGACUGACACUGGCCCACCAGACUCGAACGGGCCUAGGGACUAUAGCUGACCCCUGUUUCCAUCCUGGCUACAAUGAGACAAAGAAAUACUCGGAUCUCUAUGACAGCCCCUGUGUGUCAGACAGGAAACCCCAACAAGCUCCUUCCAAUUUUACCCACACAGGCAUAGGAAACUUUCAACAAUGCCAAGAAGUGGUCAAAAAAAUCUUCAACUUCUCACGCUGUGAAUACAGCCAGUGCUCCUUCAAUGGGGUCUUCCAGCCAACAGUGCAGGGGAAAUAUGGGGGUUUCUCUGCUUACUACUUUGUGAUGAAUUUCCUCAACUUGACAGACACAUCCAUCCCUCUGGAAUCUGUCAAGGAAAAGCUAGCACGCCACUGUGCUACACCCUGGCGUGAGCUAAAGAACAAGCAUCCAGACAUAAAGUUGAAGUACUUGGCUGAAUACUGUUUUUCUGGCACGUAUAUCAUCACCCUACUUACCGAAGGAUACAACUUCACCUCAGAGACCUAUUCCACCAUAGAAUUUAUCAAGAAGAUUAAGGGCAGUGACACAGGUUGGACUCUGGGCUACAUGUUAACCCUGACCAACCUGAUCCCAGCUGAAGCUCCAGACACCCCUCCUCUGCCCCACGCUGGCUACGUCUCCAUAGUUACUGUCAUAGCAUUGGUGCUCUUCGUCCUCUUCAUCUUCAGCCUACGUCCUCUUUGGCCGCGGUGUUCCAAGCAGCCGCAGAUCGUAUAAACACACAGCCAAUCAUGGCCUGCAUACUGUACGUAGCAGUGAUGGUAAUGAAGUUGAUGUGGUGAGAGAGUGGUGUCUGUUACUAUUUUACCAAUUUGUGAAUAAACUUGCACCAGGAUUUGUAUCUGGAAGAACAAAGGUCGAAAUCUGCUGCACAGUUCAAGUCCUGCAACUUAUUUUGACUCAAGGACAUUAUAGAAGGACAAAUGGUUUCUAUUGGGGGGGGGAGUACAGAUUCCAUCAUUGAAGGACACAUUUUUUUAAUAUUUUUGAAUGACUGAGUGGUUUUUUUUUUUGGAAUGUUCGUAACUGUGAAUGCAUGUUUGAAUGUGUGCUUCUGCGUUGGUCUGCAUGUACAGUCUGUCUCCAAAUAUUAUGUGAAUAUUACACUGUAUAAAUAAAACCCCACAUUUAUGUACAUUUUUAUGGAUGAUCAGCUUCAUCAUGUGGACAUACAUAAAACUUCUUUGUUCAGUUGUUUUUCUCUUCCAUUAAAUCGGUCAUAUUAUAUCUGUAUAACAGGAAGGCGCUGCCCUCUGGUGGUAGGUUUACGGAUGUGUACUGUUUAUCAUGAAGUCUUCUCUGUAAUGUCCACUAGGUGUCUCUAUCUCCCAGCUCUGCAGCUUCUAAAAAGGGAAUGUUUUUAUGCAAAUGCUACUACAGCUCAAACUAUGCUCAAAGGGAGUGUGAAAUCCUCUGCUGGGUUGAAAUGAGUGCAGAGCUCUGUGUAACUGGAAGGAAGUGGAAAGCUGUGAGGUUUCCCUCUGUUUGGGGGUCCAGCCCUUCCUCUGUGCAGUAGAUAACAUUUUUAUCAGCAGGGAAUGGAGCAGCUGGGAAGAACAAGAAAGAAAAAAACCUGAUUCGAUUAUCUGUGGGUAGUUCCUGCUUUUACGCACAUGCCUGUUGAUGUUGGCAGAAAGCAUUCUCUUCUCAGGCAUCUUAAAAAAUGCUGAGGUAGGGCUUGGACUGUGUUGUUUAAUUCUUAUGCUUUACAACAUUAACCUUUCAUGGCAAUAUAUUUUGACAUUUUUGUUAAUUUGUACUUAAAACACAUCUAAAACACAUAUGUCUUCUAGCUAGCAAGACAAACAUACAUUCCAUCAAUUAUGUGACAGUGAUGCAGGCAAUAAGCCCUGAGGUGUGUGUUCAAAUCCAGGCAUUGGGCCAUGUUUAGUUCUUGUGUUUUCCAACAUUGACCUUUCAUGACAUAUAUGAGUUUUCUUCAGAAAACUAGUAUUUGGUCAGAUGGUGUACCCUGGGGCAGUUGCAUAUUUUAGUGAGAGGGCAUCUAUGUUAAAUAAACAGAUAUAAAUAUAAUUAGAAUAUAUAUGUCUACAUAUGAGUAAAUGACAACUAUUGGCAUAUAUUUAGAAUUCAUGUAGAUUGGCUGUUGUGCCCCCUCUGUUAGGAUUGUUUACUGACUAUAAACUCUGACGGAUGUGACGUCACAGCGCGCAACUUUGUAUCGACACACUGAAACAAAAAUGACUGGGAUGCAGAAAAGAAGAACCCAGUCUUGACUAGUAAAUGGAAAGAAUAUAAUAAAAAAAUACAAAUGUUUCUGAUU